GGUGGCGCUGUCUUGUCACUGCGGGUGAAGAUGGCGGGACAGGCAGUCGACCGGGAGCUGGAGCUGAAAUAUUCACGGGCCUUGAACCUGUCGGAGGUGGAAUCCAAACAGGACCCGGAGUCCGAGCCGUACCGCUCCAAGUACGCGGCCCGGGAGCUCCUGAAGGAGCUGAAGGCUGUGCUGGGCCAGCGGGCCCAGGCCGGGGAGUUGGAGGAUGAGCGGGCCCAGGAUUGCGAGUGGCUGCAGAAAGCGGCGGUGCUGGAGCUGCAGCUCGGCCUGAACCACACGGAGACUGAGGAGCUGUCUGCCGGGGAGGAACACCUGGCCAAGUGUGUACAGAUCCUGGAAACCUGCAAACUCAGCCCCGAGGCUGUCUCCGUCUUUAUGCAGGCCGUGAAUCAGCUGGGCAUCCUGUGGGCAGGAUUGGAAGAAAUGGAAAAAGCUCAAACCUAUCUGGAAGAUGCAGAAUCACUUUACAACCAGUAUACUAAGGAGAUUGGGACUCCUCCAUUCGAUACCCAUGAGCAUUUCCUGGCCGAAGAAGAAAGGCUGACUGAGCAAGAGAGACAAAAAAGGUUUGAGAAAGUUUACACUCACACUUUGUAUUACCUGGCACAAGUCUACAAACACUUGGAUAUGAAUGAGAAGGCUGCCUGGUACUGCCACACUACCCUGCAACGCCAGCUGCAGUUCACCAAUUAUAACCCCGUGGAGUGGGCCAUCAAUGCUGCCACCUUGUCACAGUAUUAUAUCACUAAGCAGAGUUACAUGGAAGGUCGUUUGUGUCUCGCUGCUUCCAGUGUGAUCUUCAACCAGGUGGGAGGGCCAUCCUCUGAAUCUCCUACAGAGGAAAGUGAAGAGGAGAGGGACCGUCGUGACCAGCUCCAGCAGAAAAAGGCAGAAAUAGCCCGGUGUUGGAUAAAGUAUUGUCUCAAUCUGCUGCAAGACUCCCGCAAGCUGCUCGAGGACGAUGUUGGUGAACUGGAUUGGGAUCGGCAGGAAGAACUGAAAAUCCAAUUGAGAAAAGAAGAGGAGGAGAAGGAGCAGGGGAGAAAAAGUGCUGUGCUGUUUGGAUCCAGUGAAACAUUCGAUCUGAUCCAGUCUGUUGAGGAGAAGGUGAGCUGCACUUACCCUGCAGACUUUGCCAAAGCCCGCGAGGUGUUCUUGGUUGGACAGAACUACGUGCAAGAGGCCAAGGAAUUCUUUCAGCUUGAUGACCAUGUGACAGACCACAUUGAGGUCGUUCAGGAUCACAGUGCGUUAUUCAAGGCCCUGGCAUUUUUUGAAGAGGACCAGGAGAGACGCUGUAAGAUGCACAAACGGCGCAUAGACAUGCUGGAGAUGGUCUACAAAGAGUUAAACCCGCAGUAUUACCUCUUGGUUUGCCGACAGCUUCAGUUUGAGAUAGCAGAUACAUACUAUGAAAUGAUGGAGUUAAAGGUUUCUAUUGCCAACCGACUAGAUGAGCUAGAUAGUCACAACAUCAAGAAAAUAAACCACCUUGCUCAAUCAGCCAUUACUUACUACAACCUCUUCCUUGACUCACUGAAGAAUUCGGAAAAGAAAUUUCCGGAGAUGCUGGAAGCUGAUGUUUUGCGACCUGCACUGGUUUGCAAGUUUCGAAUUGGUUGGUUGUAUGGUAAGAUGAUCACUUCUGAUCCGAAGAUACAGCUGGGUAACCUGCAGCAGUCGGUGGACUGUUACCGCUUUGUGGUAGAUUACUGUGAAAGGCAGCCCCAGGCUGCCAGGGUGAUGGAGCCCGAGCUGGAGCUCUGUGCAGAGAUGACCACCCUACUGCCAGCAAGAAUGGAGAAACUAAGGGCUAAAUUAGUGGCGUUUUCCUAAGGGCAAUGACUAAACUGCUUCAGAAAUCUGCUUCAUUAACUUAUCCCACUGGCUGUACUUCCCUGUGUAAUAAACAUACCUGACACACUCA